GCUUUUUCUUUCGCGAUUUGAUCUGUGGAACAAGUAAACGUCAUAACAGGUCAUAACAAACUCAAAGUUUAUCUACACAACGUUAAAUACUUAUUUUGAGUGGUGUUAUGGUUCAGCAUACCCAGUACAAUUCGGAUUUAGUGUUUAUUCAGUGAUAACUAGUUAAUUCCUGGUUUAUUUUGUUGCGGUGUAUAUAAAAGAAAAUAUUUGACACGUAUUCGCCAUGCCGUUACUAGAUUCGCUUCGACGAUUGGAUGCGUAUCCAAAAAUUGAUAACGAGUUUAGUAUUAGGACUGUUGGAGGAGCUACCCUGACCAUCACCAGUAGUAUAAUCAUAGUUAUGCUCAUUUAUUCUGAAGUAAUAGCUUAUUUGACGCCCACAAUAACCGACGAAUUGUUUGUCGAUUCGACACGAGAUCAAAAAUUGAAAAUCAAUUUGGACUUUUACAUCCCGAGAAUCUCGUGUGAAUAUGUUUCGUUGGAUGCACAGGAUGCAACCGGAGAACAACAUCUGCACAUAGAGCAUAGCAUUUACAAAAGAAGGCUCGAUCUCCACGGGAAUCCGAUAGAAGAUGCCAAGAAAGAAGAUAUUCAAGCAAUAAAACACGUGAAGAAAGAAGAUGCUUCUACUAUGAAACCUACAGUAUUGUGUGGUUCUUGUUACGGGGCACAGGCAAACAGUACGCACUGUUGCAACACUUGCCAAGAUGUUAUUGAUGCUUAUCGGGAGAAGAAGUGGAAUCCUAAUCUGGAAAACUUCGAACAGUGUAAGAUUGAAGCGGCUUUGGGUAAAACGAAUCUUGAGUCCAGAGCAUUCAGUGAAGGGUGCCAAAUUUAUGGAUCAAUGGCAGUAAAUCGUGUUGGUGGAAGCUUCCACAUUGCACCGGGAAAGAGUUUCUCUAUCAGUCAUAUCCACGUACAUGAUGUGCAGCCUUUCUCGUCGGGCAAAUUCAACACAUCUCAUCGCAUCAACACGCUUUCAUUCGGAGAUGAAUUCGGUUAUGGUCAAACGAGACCACUCGACUCAACUGAAGUGAUGGCCGAAGAAGGAGCAAUGAUGUUUCAGUACUAUAUAAAAAUAGUACCAACGGAAUUUGUUCCACUCAACGGCCCUACCCUACAUACAAACCAGUUUUCUGUAACGAAACAUCAGAAAAGCGUAUCGGUGAUGAGCGGAGAAUCAGGCAUGCCUGGAAUAUUCGUUAACUACGAGUUGUCCCCUCUGAUGGUGAGAUUCACAGAAAAGAGAAACUCAUUCAGCCACUUUGCAACAAAUUUGUGCGCAAUUAUCGGAGGGAUAUUUACCGUUGUUGGUAUAAUCGACUCGUUUUUGUUUACCUCGAUCCAUGCCUUGAAAAGAAAGAUCGAACUAGGAAAACUUAGCUAAAGCACCAAAUAAAAACUGCAAUAUUAAAAUUAGCUACAAUGUCUUCAGAUAGCUAUUAUAGCAUUCCAUAUUUGAUUUCGCAACAUUAGUAACAAAAUAUUCAUCGGUACCUUCCACCAAAGUCUUCAACGAAAUGUACAGAUCUUUCCGCGGAUCAUACUGUGCUUUCCCCAGGAAAUUUAGAAAUCCAUGACGAUGUUUCAAUCGGUAUUCUCGUGAGUUAAGAAUCUCAGGUGCUUCCAAAAUCUGCGCGUGGGAAAGUUUCAUUUUGUGAUGCGCAAAAUCAAACCGGUAUUGUAAUUUAUCUUGAUCUGCAAUGAAUUGGAUGAGAAAAAAAUACAGAACAAUUAUUUGCACAAUAAACUUACUUAUCAUCCAAAGUUU